UUUCACAAAGGCUCCUCAGUGGGAUUUUGAUGAUGUCUAUAACCAGGAUGCCCCACCUAGACCAACAACAUGUGCCCAAUCACUGCGAAACUCCCAGGAUGAGAACUUCAAGAAGGCUUUUCUUCCCAACAUACGUUUGUUUCUGCACAAGGACAACAUUAACAUGAGCGAGUGGAAUCGACUUUCACAUUUUAACAAUCCUUUUGGGUUCAUGGAGUACAAAUAUGAUGAUGUGAUGGCUUCAGUGAAGCUGAUUCCAAAGCCAAAAGAGCCACUGCUCCUCCCGAAACCAGGGGGCGAUGGCUGUGUUCACUGCGCUGUGGUGGGUACUGCGGGAAUUCUGAACGGCUCAAAAGUGGGUGCAGAGAUCGAUGCUCAUGAUUACGUUUUUCGGAUGAACGGUGCCGUUACCAAAGGUUUUGAGGAAGAUGUAGGAAACAGAACAUCAGUGUAUGUUCACACAGCGUACUCCAUCACUGCAUCACCUUCUGUUUUUGGGACAUAUGGAUACAAAUCUGCCCCUCAUGAUGAGGGAAUAAAAUAUGUGAUGAUUCCCGAGGGGAUAAGAGAUUUCCAAUGGCUCGAGGGUCUUCUCAAAGGACAGCAGGUCUCUGGUGGCCAAUUCGACAAGGAAUGGCCAAGGGACUACUAUUCAGGGCAGUACAAUGAGAGCCGCUUCUACGUUCUACACCAGGACUUCCUCCGAUACGUGAGGAACAGGUUCCUAAAGUCACCUAAUCUGAAUGAAACAUUCUGGCCAAUAGUCAGACCAACCAACGGAGCGUUCACUCUCUUCCUGGCUUUGCACACAUGUGAUACAGUGGAUGCAUAUGGAUUCAUGACUGAUGAAUACAUGAAAUACUCCAACUACUAUUUUGAGAAGUACAUUAAAAGUAAUGUCAUUUUCUAUGCCAACCAUGACUACAUUUUGGAGAAGAAUACAUGGAAAAACUUUCACAAAAGAAAAAUAAUAAAGCUGUAUCAAAGAACGGAGCCAGAAACAAAGACAGAAACCCCGAAGCAACACUGA